UAUUUAUUUAUUAUUUUUAGGUAGAAAGGAAGAGACAUAUUGGAAAUGAUAUAGUAAAUAUCAUAUUCUUAGAUGGGAAUAAUGAGGAUUUUUCAAAUUUCAAGCCUUCCAUGAUCAAGUCGCAAUUUACACAUAUAUUUGCUGUUGUAAGCCAUAGCAGGGAGGAUGAUUCUUAUAGAUUAUCAGUUUAUUCAGAAGAAUCAGUUCCAUUAUUUGGUCCAACUUUACCAUGUCCACCUUUUUUUACAAAUCAUCAAGAAUUUCGAGACUUCUUACUUGUUAAAUUAAUAAAUGGAGAAAAAGCUGCCUUUAACACUCCAACAUUUGCUCAGAAGAGAGAACGUACUUUAGAAAUGUUAAUUAAGGAUUUAUAUGCAGAACAUAUGUCAGAAAAUAGAAGUAACAUGUUGAAUCGUCGUGCUUUUAGCGACGUUCUUCCAGAAGCACCAAAAGGAUCAAGAAGAAAAGAAGAAGCACGUCAAGUCGAAUUUGUAAGAAUAGGACAGGCAUUAAAACUGGAUACCAUAGUAAAAGGAGAUGCACCCACUAGUUUGGCAACUACAAGUAUUUUUAAGAGAGAGCCAUGGGAACCGCAUUGCUUCUAUCCAGAUUUUCCUAAUGAAGUUAUCUGUGGAGAUUCUUGGGACGAUAAUAAAGUCGUUCUAGCCACUGAAAUUGGAGUAUUUCUGAUAGAAGAAGGUAUGAGCCACCGUUUAAUAAUUGAUAGAACUGUUCAAGUAAAACAAUUAAGCGUUGCAGAAGCGCAUGGAAUUCUUCUUGUUCGUGUUGAGAAAGGAAGAGAUAGUCGAAUUCAUGUAUUUCGAUUAUCGGAUUUCGAAGAUGAGAAAUCGGAAUCUUCAACAAAGAGCAAAAACGACUUGAAAGAUCAUAAAUUAGAAAGAACUAAAGGUUGUCAUUUAUAUGCAGUUAGUAGGCCAGGCUGUAGUCAUUUACGAAUGGUUGUAGCUAUAGGAAAAAAACUAUUGUUAAUGCAAUGGCGCCAUUCCGCUGCAUGGACAGCUUGGUGUUCUUCAUCCGAUACAGAUACCGUUGAGGGAUUUCAAUUUAUCAGGGAAUUAUCUGUUGCUGAAGUACCUCAAAUUAUAACAUUGGUGGAUUCGCCGAGUGGGAACACGGAUAAUCAAAUUUGUGUGGGAUAUAGACACCAAUUUUAUUUAAUUAAUGAGAAAAAUAAUAAUUUGCAUCAUCUUUAUACUGUAGAUAGCCCAAGAGUACACUUAGUGAAUGCAAUUGAUAUGUAUGAAGAUGAUGAAGCAGAACUUCUUUUAUCCUAUAAUCAUACGACGCACUUACAGAAGGUAAAUGAAGACGAAGCACCCCAAUUUAGCUUCCAAUGGAAUUCUGUACCAGAAUCUGUAGUCUGUGCCUUUCCAUAUGUACUGGCUUUUACAAUGGACACAAUUGAAAUCAGAUUAGUAAUUAAUGGAAAUUUAGUGCAUAGUAUGACAAUGCCUAAAUUAAAAUUUAUCACAACAAAGAAUGAUAUAUAUUUCACAAGCACGGCACCUGAAUUUUUUGAAGUUAAGCGAGAACGCGUAAAAGUAGAUAGAAUGGAACGUGACCCUAGUUUAUCUCCACCAUCUUCACCUCAUAGUUCUGCUCCAGUCGUCGCGAUGGACACACCUAAACCAUUCCGAAUAUAUCGUAUAUCAUUUGGGUGCCUAACUGGUGGUACCCCUCCUGUCAGACGAGUCCCUACUCCCUCCAUACCGUCUCCACCAUCUAUGCUCAAUGCUCCCAUGUUGGGAGUCAAUUACCUUUCCCCAGACAAUCAAGACGGCAGUAAGGAGUAUCGACUGCGUGCUGAUCAAAGACCUAGUCGAAGUGCCACCUCUUCACCCAUACCACAAAUCCCUAUCGUUUUACAUCACCAGACAUCACCCAAAAGAGGACUAAACAAAGACCAUACUCAUUCUGCGAGUUCCGAUUCUGGUAUUGGGAAAAGUUUAGGUUCGUCACCUCCACCGAGUCCCAACAUCUUUUGUGAUGUUCGUGAAGAAACGACUUUCGACGUGAAAUGACUUUGUUGAAGAACUAUGAGGUUGACAUAUUUUUCAUUCUAAUCUUCGUCGAUUCUCUUAAAAAAAA